CAUACCAAGACCAUCAAGACCCCAGGCACCACUGUGGUACGAGUUGCCCAGGCGUGCGAUCGAUGCAGGGCCAAGAAGACCAAGUGUGAUGGCCAGAACCCCUGCUCCAGCUGCUCAGCCAUAGGAAUCGAGUGCAUAGUCUCCGAUAAGCUCUCUCGGAGAGCAUUCCCCAAAGGAUACACCGAAACCUUGGAGGAGAGAGUCAGGCAGUUGGAGGCCGAAAAUAAGAAGUUGACAGGGUUGUUGGACAUCCGAGACGAACAGUUGGAGUUCUUGAACUCUGCCAGGAACGAUGACAAGGAAAUCGCCAACAACCGCUUGAAUGAGGAAAAUGUCAACCAGAUAGACCACAGCCAUAUUCACGACGAACACUGUUCUUGUGGGGAGUCAAACCCCCAGGUGAUGCACGAGAGACCUGUAUCGAUUGCAGGAUCGGCUCACAACGGACAUGGCAGGGCCAUGUCGGUGGACUCAAUAAACCUAAGUGACGAUGAAAGCAUAUUGAGUAACGAAGAUUUCACUUCCUCCUUGGUGCCAGUACAGUCAAGGGACUUCAAUUUCGGCCGCCAGGCAAACCCAGCCCCUCACGCCUUUGCAGCAGCCACGGCUAUAGCCCAGAUGCAGAAGGGGAAGGAUGAAGAUGAGAUCAGCAAACAACAGAAAUUGACCUCUUUGGUAGCAAUUUCUAUUCCUAGAAGUACCGAGGAAACAUUAUUUAUACCGACACUUAUUGCCAGAAUUUGCCAAGCCCAUGGCUACAAUUCCAAGCCAGCGGUAUUGACCGCCCAUGCUAUAGCUUCAUUGAAAGAAAACAACGAGUUGAAGACUACUCAGAACAAACAACUAAUGGACAUCAUAAUGAACAGAGACGACAUGUCCCAGUUGAGCAGCUCAGAGGCGUUGGUCUUUAUUAGAGACUUGAUUGAUUUUCCAACAUCGAGAAUGGAUUUGGAUCACUUAGUUACUGUUUAUUUCCAAGAUUGGGGACUGGCUUUGCCAAUUUUAGACAAGAAUGCUUUUUUGAAGAAUUAUAUGAGGUGGACUAGCAUCGUUGAUAAUUCAAGUCCAGUAAUGGAUGAAAUCAACGAACCCCUUGAGAAGUUUGGGGCAAUGAUGGUCUUGGUAUUGAGUUUGAGUAUGUUAUCAAACAAGUAUAAGUAUAUGUCCGGCUCAAGCACCGGAUCUGGGGAUGUUUUCGAUAAGUAUCUCCAUUAUUUGGCACAUUUUGAUAAAUUGAUCCAUGAGUUUAUCAAACCAAAUUGUAUUAUAACGAACAACUGCUCAAUGCAAUCUCUCAAGAUCCUAUCAUUGUGUUUGCAAUAUUGUCUAGUUAUUGGUGAUAUCAAUACCUGCUACGAAUUAAGAGGAAGAGUGAUAACGAUGGCUCAUCAAUUGAGAUUACACAGAUGUCCUUCUGCCGUCCUUGCUAUCAGUGGAGGUGAUGUUAAACUUCAAAAGAGUAUGCAAAGUGAAAGAAGAUUAUUAUUUUGGUGUGUCUAUUGUUUAGAUGUUUACUCUUCAUUGAACCUAGGUGUUCCAAGGUUACUUAAAGAUUUCGAGAUAGAAUGUGCUCUUCCAUUUGCUGGCAAAUAUGAUGACGAUGAUCAAGAAGGAGAAAGCAUUUUGAUUAUUAACAACAAGAGAUUAUCAAUUGUGGGUAAGGUGAAGAAAUUUGCGUUGGCUAUGAUGCUUUACUGUAAAGUAUUAGGUAAUAAUCUUGACUCUAUCUUCUCCAGAUACGAGAACUCUGAUCCUCAUAGGAAAGCAUUGCAUAGAGAUGGACUUUUGGAUAGUUGGAGAAGGGAGUUACCUUCCGAGUUGAAGUUUGAUAUUGAUAUUAACGGAUUUUCAUUGAAAGAUGGUGAUACAUACUUGGAUGGAGAAUUCUGGAAAAAAUAUUCUAAAGAGCAAUUAACAUUGAUAUUUCUUUACUAUCAUGCCAAGAUUUUGAUAUACUUACCGGUCAUAUCGAAGUACGGAAACCAUCAUAAUGUCGGACUUUCACCCAAAGAGCAAAUAUUGAAGGCAGAGACAGAUGCCGGAAGUAUUGCGUCAAGUAUCAGUAUGAUCCAGCAGUCAUCUCUCCAAAUUUUGGAAGUAUUGAAGAGCCUUACGAAGUACAAUUCUUCAUACUUGUUACCAAUUCCAGUUAAUAUUGCCCGAGAGCAGGCCAGAUUCACAUUGUUGGUGGCGAAAGGUAGUUUGGAUUACAUGAAGGGAGGUCCAUUAUAUCAAACUCUGAAACAGCUUUUAUUGGACACCAUUGCUUCAUUGAAUCUCGAGACCAGCCAUGAGAUUCCAGGAAGUUUGACUAAAAACUCGGUAAAGCUUUUAGAGUUUGCUAUAUUGGGUAUUUUGGGAUUAAACUUGAAGGGUACGGCUAUUAAGAAAAAGUCCCCUCCAUUACCGCAGCAGCCAAUCAAUAAGCCAGCAGUGUUGAGAGAUCCACUUGGACAGGAGAAAUUCAAGCCCACCACGCCCUCCAAAUUGGCAGUGGAAGUGGAUUCUAGGUCCAAUAGCUCGUUCGAGAACGAUGAUGGUUUGGAAAAUAUCUUGAAUUUUGAUCCUUUCGAUUUGACAACCAACAGACAAAGGUUCAUGAAUGAUUUUGCAGCUGAUGGUUCGUUGGGUUUGGUACCGUUCUUGGGCUUAUCCAAUGAC